GCGAUGUCGACUUUUGUGUCCCACGUCGUCGCGGACCUCGCCCAAAAGGCCCUUCCGACAAGCGCAGCGUCCGCCAGCACCGAACGCGUCCAAAUCGCUUCAUCCCAAUCUAAGGAGGUUCUGCGCACCGUCUUCGUCAAGCUAGAGCAAUCACAGUCUCCACAGGACAUUCGGGAAUGCAUCGACACGCUCCAGAAUCUCGAAUAUCACCAACAGCUGCUCUCAGCUGAGCUGGUGGACGGAGAAGAGCAGUCUCUCCGACGCGCCAUCCUCGGCAGGCUUGCGCUGGGACUGUACGGACAGGCGUUGACCACGUUCUUGGACGAAGCGAGCGAAGCAGAGGCGGAACGGCAGUGGUGGAGUGAUAUUGUACGGUCGCGGAGACGAGCUGCGACGUACCUCCUGCAAACACUUCCACUCCGCAUUGUGGAUGUGUCCAAUGUGGUCUUGUCCACACUACGGACACGGAAUAUUCCCAUCCACCUAUCCGUGCUGAAGCCCUCCUCUCUUCGCCAACUCUUUCCGCCAACCAGCACCCUCCGCCCGAAUACACUGACUCUUGCGCUAUUUCCCCAUCUGCACCACGAACCAUACUCCAUCUCGCUCACCGGCGCCUUUCACCCGCUUUCCGCCAUUUCCAUUUCUUCGUCACCUACUCGAACAGCGACGUCUGCAUACAGCGCCUGCACACAAACGCUGUAUGGUGUCGCCCGUGUCUGUGGCACCCUCGCAACCCUCCCCCUAGAGCUUGCACGGAGCGAAUGCUCUUUCAAGCGCAAGGAGCUCACGCGCAUACGCGACGAGCGCGCCGAAGUCCUCGGGUACCUUGUCGGGCUGCGCGACAGGAUCUCCGACGCACUCGAGACGGUCGACGGCGACGCAGCGCUGUUCGAGCUAGCGCAAUUCGUGCAUUACCUGCAGGCGGUCGUCAGCGGGCAGGAGUCUGCGCCGUACAGCGAUGACGUCUCGCCGGGACGCGUGCUCGAGUCGCUGUCUUUGCUCGCAAACUUGACGCUCCCCUCCCAUGCCUCUCUGCACAGCGCGGAGAUCAAGACGGGAAAGCUCAGACGCCCCUCGUGGCUCACGCUCACCUGGCCCCAGCUCGUGCUCCUUCCUCCGCUGGCCUUGUAUGGAAUCCGCACAGCAUACGCGUCGCGCGCGACAUUGGAGGAGCUUGCGCGAGACGCACUCGAGACGAUGAAGGGGUUCUGGGAAGACUGGAUCCUCGAGCCCCUCCGCGGAAUCGUGCGCACCGUCCGUGCGGGUCGGGAUGACGGCGUCAUCGUCACCAAGGAGAGCGUCCGCGCCGACCUCGAUUCGCUAGAACGGAUGACGCUCGCCCUGGCGCAGGACAAGCUGCACUACUCUUCCCCGCAGCUCGAGGCGCUCUCGCGGCAGGUGCAGAUGGGCGACCUGACGGCGGUGAUGCAGAUAUACGAGGAAGACAUCAAGUCCCCGCUCAGGUCCGCGGUGCAAGGCACGCUCCUCCGGUCCUUGUUCGUCCAGGUCCAGAAGGCGAAGGUCGAUAUUGAUAUGGCGCUGUCCGGAAUCGACAAGCUGCUCAAGAGCCAGGAGCUCACGUUUGCGUUCGUAGGCGUAGCGCCUGCGCUGGCCAUCGUUUAUGCCGCCGGCAGCUACCUGCAGCGUCUGUGGUCCGGCGGGAAGGGUCGCGGGCGGUAUGGGGGCAAGGCGAAGCGCAUGGGUGUUUGGGCUGCCGUGAGGCGCGUCGACCGCCUGCUCACCGCCCAACCCAAACCACACUCGUCCCACACUCGACCGCAUCGGGUCGCGGCCUUGCAGAAGUCUCCCGCGACGGCCGUCUCGCCGCUCACGUCAGGCCUUCUCCUGCUUUCUGUCACACAGCUGAGGAAGUACGCGGAGACGACGCUGCCGGCGAACUCUCGUCUACGCGAGGGCUUCUUGGAAGACGUGACGGAUUUGGAGGACCCGGGUCUGGGCCGUGCGGACAAGCUGAGGGUGGUAGAUCGGAUGUGGCGGUCGUGGGGCGAGCCCUUGGGCUGGAAUAGGGUAGCAGAUUAA